CGUUUACCAAGCAGCUCUAAAAGAUAUGGAGACAUUAAUAAAUCAAGUCAACCUUACACCUUCCAAAAGAAAGGAAAUGCUUGAUGAUCUUGUUGACUGGAAAGAAAAAGGUCUGAAACUUUGUUUUGGCGAGCCAGUAGAUCCUGAACUGCUGGAACUCGUCCACACUGAGGUUGCUGAACUUAAAGAUUUGGUAAAAUUUGUUGAAGAGAAUACAGAGGAUAUUCUGAACGCAUUAGAAGCAGUCGAAAAAUCUUUAAAAGAUGAAAUCCAAGAGUUAAAGGAAAGACAACUCCGUACUGAGAAAGAUGUCGAGCAAUUGAGAGCUAAACAGGACGAUUUACAGAUGACCAUCUCGAAAAGAAACGAAAAAGAACCACGAUAUCUUUUCAUGGCGCCUAAACAGAGUGUCUGGUUUAGUGGCCGAAAAUCUGAACUCGGUUAUCUUCGAGACGUACUCGAGAAUAAGAGAAGAUGUGGCGAGGAAGGAGUCCUUGUUGCUGCCAUCUCUGGUCUUGGAGGAUGCGGGAAAACAAGCCUUACUGCAGAAUAUAUACACAAAUGGAAAGGUUAUUAUCAAGGAGGUGUUUACUGGUUUUCCGCAGAAAGCGAUGUCAAGUUCAAAGCUCGGUCGAUGAGAUAG